ACACUGCAUACCUUCUCUUCGCCAGUCACCGUGCGCGCUGACGCUGACGCGGGUACCCGCAUACGGCGUGCGGACCGCGCGGAGUAUCUUUGCGCGCAUCAUCGGUUACUUUUCCUCCUGAUCCUAAUAAUCCCCAUCGUUUCCUCCCUGACGCACAACAGCAGAGUGCCACCUCAUAUUUCUAACCCCCACCCGCAUCCACGCGUAUGACUAUCCACGGCGGAAACCUGGAGACAAUUUGGGAAUAUGGCACGUCUCCGCGGCGAUGACAUGUGACACAGCGUUUGAUCAUUUGGUUGUUUCUUCAGAAGAAGAAAAAAAGUGCACUCUGUCGUGAUAGCCGCAGAGGAAAUAAAUAAUUGAAGAGAGAUAAAGAUCCUCAGGGGAAAUGGAAGUUUUGGUCGUCGGCUUGGCCCGUCGAGGUUGCUGCUGCUGCUGCUGAUGAUGCUGAUGGUUUGGUGAGUGGUGCAGGGACAAACUGCGUCGCCAGGUCUGAAAAAUCACGGGUCAUUACAGCGGGACCUGCUGCACUAAACCACCCGGUUCCCCCCUCUUAUUAUUAUCGAGCAAGAAGAGAAUUGUUGCUUUAAAUCUCCACUCUCAGCUUCCAGCCCGUCAGUCCAUCUGAACGCGUCGGCGUUUUGGAUGCGGGCUCUUUGCGUCGCCCAGAACGUGAUUUAACGUCGGGAGGGAUUUCAACAGGGCACUAGUCUAGGAAUCUGAUCUCCUCUCCAGAGAAGCACGAGCAGAAGAACAGAGUGCAGAUUCCAGAGGAUUUCCUGCACCGCACCACGGAUGGACUAAAGGAGAAGCCUCGGUUGUCGGGAUUUUAACUUGUGCGCGCUCACUCAGAAUUGUUUUUGGGGGGUGGCAUGUCACCGCACAACAUGAAAGUUCUCUCGGCUGUGUUCCUUAUGGCCGUUUUUGGGAGCCUGGAGUGGAAACCGGCGCUCACGGAUUCAAUCAUCCACAUUGGUGCCAUCUUUGAUGAGUCGGCACGGAAAGAUGAUGAGGUGUUCGCUUGCUGUGGCAGAUCUCAACUUGAAUAACGAGAUCUUGGAGACAGAGAAGAUCACGAUCUCAGUGGAAUUCGUUGAUGGGAACAACCCCUUCCAGGCUGUGCAGGAAGCCUGUGAACUGAUGAAUCGCGGCAUCCUGGCCCUGGUCAGUUCUAUCGGCUGCAUGUCAGCCGGCAGCCUGCAGACUCUGGCCGACGCCAUGCACAUCCCUCACCUUUUUAUCCAGCGCUCCACAGCGGGAACCCCUCGCUCAUCCUGCCCACCCACCGGCCGCGUCCCCGGAGCAGAUGACUACACCUUGAUGGUUCGCCCACCUGUCUAUCUCAAUGAGGUCAUCAUGCAAGUGGUGUCAGAGUACAGCUGGCAGAAGUUCAUCCUCUUCUAUGAUUCUGAUUUUGAUAUCCGUGGUAUUGAGGAUUUCCUUGACCGAACCUCUCAGCAGGGAAUGGAUGUGUCACUUCAAAAGGUGGAAUCUAAUAUCAACAUGAUGAUCACCAGUCUGUUCAGAACUAUGCGUGUAGAAGAGCUGCAUCGCUACAGGGACACGCUACGCAGGGCCGUGCUGUUCAUGAGUCCUGCGACAGCCAAGGCUUUUAUCACUGAGGUGGUGGAGACGAACCUGGUGGCCUUCGAUUGUCACUGGAUCUUGAUUAAUGAGGAGAUUUCAGACUACGAUUUACAGGAAUUAGUCAUGAAGUCAAUUGGUCGGCUGACACUGGUGCGCCAAACAUUCCCCAUGCCACAGAACACAACUCAGCGCUGUGUCAAACACAACCAUCGCAUUAAUACAUCCCUCUGUGACCCAAAAAACCCUAAAGCUCAGCAACUAGAGAUCUCUAACCGCUACAUCUAUGACAGCGUGUUGCUGUUGGCCAAUACAUUCCACAGAAAGUUGGAGGACAGGAAGUGGCACAGUAUGGCCAGUUUGAGUUGUAUUAGAAAGAACUCCAAGCCAUGGCAGGGAGGCAAGAGCAUGCUGGAGACUGUCAAAAAGUUUGGUGUAAGCGGCCUCACCAGUUUCCUGGAAUUCACUGACAAUGGCACAAACCCCAACAUCUUCUUUGAAAUUCUUGGAACAAACUACGGUGAAGACAGGGGACGAGGAGUCAGCAGGCUGGCUACAUGGGACCCUGUUCAUGGCUUGAACGGCACCCUGACAGAUCGCAAAUUAGAAAAUAACAUGAGAGGAGUGGUGCUACGAGUGGUGACUGUCCUGGAGGAGCCGUUUGUGAUGGUGUCAGAGAAUGUUCUGGGCAAACCAAAGAAGUACCAGGGUUUCUCCAUUGAUGUUUUAGAUGCUCUGUCCAACUACCUGGGGUUUAAGUAUGAGAUCUAUGUUGCUCCAGACCAUAAAUAUGGGAGCUUGCAGUCUGAUGGGCAUUGGAAUGGACUGAUGGGUGAACUCGUUUUUAAGCGAGCUGAUGUGGGACUGUCUGCCCUGACCAUCACACCCGAGCGAGAGAGCGUUGUGGAUUUCACCACUCGCUACAUGGAUUAUUCUGUGGGCGUUCUGCUGCGCAAGGCUGAACGUACUGUGGACAUGUUUGCCUGCCUCGCGCCCUUCGACCUGUCACUGUGGGCAUGCAUUGCAGGCACUGUGAUCCUGGUUGGUCUGCUGGUGUACCUACUCAACUGGCUCAACCCACCCCGACUGCCCAUGGGAUCUGUGUCAUCAACAACACUAUAUAACUCCAUGUGGUUUGUGUACGGCUCUUUUGUACAGCAAGGUGGAGACGUACCCUACACCACUCUGGCUACCCGGAUGAUGAUGGGCGUCUGGUGGAUGUUUGCCCUUAUUGUCAUCUCUUCUUACACUGCUAAUCUAGCAGCCUUCCUCACCAUCACACGUAUAGGGAACUCCAUACAGUCUCUCCAGGACUUAUCCAAGCAGACAGAAUUGCCUUAUGGUACUGUGUUGGACUCAGCAGUGUAUGAUCAGGUGCGCUCCAAGGCUAUGAACCCCUUUGAGCGAGAUCCAAUGUACUCUCAGAUGUGGCGGAUGAUUAACCACACUGGAGGUGCAGAUAACAAUGUUGAGGAGUCCAAGGAAGGCAUUCUCAAGGUGAAAUAUGGCCGGUUUGGCUUUGUGUGGGACGCAGCGGUACUGGACUUUGUUGCCAAUAAUGAUGAGGACUGCUCUUUCUACACCGUCAGUAACAGCGCCCCUGAUCGUGGAUACGGUAUCGCCAUGCAGCAUGGCAGCCCCUACAGAGACAUUUUCUCUCAGAGAAUCCUGGAACUUCAGCAGAAUGGUGACAUGGAUAUCCUGAAACUCAAGUGGUGGCCCAAAGAGAGCCCAUGUGAUCUCUACAGCUCGAUCCAGACACGACAGCAUGGCAACGCCCUGGACAUUCACAGCUUUGCCGGGGUUUUCUUCGUCUUGGCAGCUGGAGUGGUGCUCUCCUGCCUUAUUGCCAUGGUGGAAAGCUGGUGGUCACGGAGGAAGGGAUCUAGAGUGCCCUCCAAGGAGGACGAUAAGGAAAUCGACCUGGAGCACCUACACCGCCGGGUUAACAGCUUGUGCACAGAGGAUGAAAGCCCCCACAAGCAGUUCUCCACCUCUUCCGUCGAUUUAACGCCCCUUGACAUGGAUGCGCUGCCAGCUGCACGCCAGGCACUGGAGCAGAUCAGUGAUUUCCGUAACACCCACAUCACCACUACCACCUUCAUCCCUGAGCAGAUCCAGACCCUCAGCCGCAGCCUCUCUGCCAAAGCCGCCGCAGGAUUUUCCGCUGGUUUCGGCGGUGGCGGAAGCGGCCUCGGGGACCACCGGACUGGCGGAGUGGGUCCUUUCAGGCAGAGGGCCCCAAACGGUGGCUUUUUCCGCAGCCCCAUUAAAACAAUGUCCUCUAUUCCCUACCAGCCCACCGGACCAGGGCCCAACUUUGGAUACGGCAAUGAUCCAGAUAGAGGUACCUCCAUAUGAGGAAAGGAGUGAUAGGGGUAGUUUCAAGGGGAGGAGGUGAGUUUGUUAUAGCAGUGUGGGGUGUGUGUGUGUGUGGGGGGGGGGGGGUCACAGGAGGAAAAACAAACUUAGCUAAAACAGAAGAAGGUAAAAAUCUGUGUACAUAGGACCCUUUAUGUUUUCACUUCCUGCAAGGGGCGUCCAGUAUGUAUGUGGAGAAGAUGAAUAAGGUGGAGGCCUGUUGGGGCGUCAUGUAUGAGGUGCAAAAGGCAAUUGAGAAAGGGGAGGUGCUUGAAUCUUUGCUUUAUUGUUGUUGUUCUUGUGGUUGUUUUGGGAUUAUUUGGGGGAUGUGUGAAGGUUUGUUAUUUUAAUUACCGUUUGUUUUGUAACAUGAGGACUGCCUUGUGUAAUGUAAUGACCUGAUUCCAACAACUGACUUAACCCCACCUCAAAGGUUUUGGCACCACUUCUGUAGUGAGAGUGCACUCCCGGGGCUGCCACUGUUGGAAGACGCCUAGGCCUCUUUAGCCAUCACACCAACCCAAGAGACCAAUAAUCAAUUCUGCAACAGGAUUUCUAAAGACGUACCUGAGGAACAGUUUUGACGGGAGCCCCUGCAGUGUGUUCAGCAGUCCAUCAUAGUUUCUAAAAAAGGCAUCACCUCAGUGAUUAAUUAAAGAAUCAGCCACAACUUCCCGAGUUUUACCCUGCCUUUUCACUAUCUUGGAGUCCAGUUUUCUCUCUUUGGUGUUGUUCCACCAGUGUGAUUCUAAAUGUAUAACCCUGUCCGCAACAGUGUCCAUGCAGUGGCCUGAUCAGACAUACAACUUAACGCAAGCCAACACCUGAUCGGUGCGUUGGUAUGAAAACCGGUCAAACGCCAUGACAGUGCAACGAUAGGACACUACAGAUGCGCUACUUGGCAUGUCGAUGUCAAACUGUUUCUGCCAUUUUGGGGGGGGGGGGGUGCAUCAGCUUGAAACUGUUUUCACCAUUUGAUGCACAGGGAAGACUUUGCUGAUCCCACUGCACUGUACCAGUGCCCACAGACCUGUAAGUGAUUGUAUGUAGCUCUGACAUUUUCUUUUCUCACCUGUACUGUGCUAUCUGCUUUUCAAAUUGAGGUGAGCUCAGUCUAGUUAUAAAGGGAUGAUUUUAAAAAAGAACUUAAAAGGGAAAACUAAAAGACAAAAAAAAAAAGACUUCAAAGCCUCUGCUUAUUAUAUGUCCUUUAUUAAAUUUUGUUUUUGAAAAAUAGAUUUUAAUGCGUGGAAUGAGUUUUGGUCAGGAAGUACAAAAAAUAACAUUGUUCUGAGCUGUCUACUUGUUUUUUCCUCUCAGCAAACUGAAACCUGCUAAAUAAGUGCUGUAGUUUGGUUUUACAUCACUGAGUCAUUGAUUUGUCUUCAUUUUGGAUCAUUUUAGUGCUGCCAUUACACAGAUGUUUAAAAGAUCAGUGCUCAUUCUAUAAGGUUGUGUCAUGUCGAAGUUUGUUAAUCACUGCUAUGAGGUGUUGGUGAAAUGAAGUUCAUUUUGUUUUGACAAGAAGCCAUCACAUCAUCAAUACAGGCCUUAUAAGUCCUUUUAAUGUCAGUGGAACCCAAAAAAUGUGACAGGAAACAUUCAACAACAGCCAGUCCAUGGUUGCCAUGGGAAUGUCACAAAGCAUCAACAGCCAUCAGAACCCAAUGGCUGCCUUUAUACGAGUC